GAGGUGGCCCCACCCGCGCGGGGGGGCGUGGCCGGCGCCGGCUGUUGCGGCCGAGCAGAGUUGCGGCGUGGGAAAGAGCCGCUAGGAGCCGACCGCGCCGCCGCUGGAGCCGCGCCUGCCCAGGCCCGGGGAGGGAGGAGGCGGGCGCGAGGGUGCUGCGCCCAGGUCGGCGUCCGAGCUUCCGGCCGGACUGCGCCCCGCGCCGUCUUUCGCCGGGAUGAAGCGCCCCUGCGAGGAGACUACCUCCGAGAGCGACAUGGACGAGACCAUCGACGUGGGGAGCGAGAACAAUUACUCGGGGCAAAAUACUAGCUCUGUGAUUAGAUUGAAUUCUCCUACAACAACAUCUCAGAUUAUGGCAAGAAAGAAAAGGAGAGGGAUUAUAGAGAAAAGGCGUCGGGAUCGGAUAAAUAACAGUUUAUCUGAGUUGAGAAGACUUGUGCCAACUGCUUUUGAAAAACAAGGAUCUGCAAAGUUAGAAAAAGCUGAAAUAUUGCAAAUGACAGUGGAUCAUUUGAAGAUGCUUCAGGCAACAGGGGGUAAAGGCUACUUUGACGCACACGCUCUUGCCAUGGACUUCAUGAGCAUCGGAUUCCGAGAGUGCCUAACAGAAGUGGCGCGUUACCUGAGCUCCGUGGAAGGCCUGGACUCCUCGGAUCCGCUGCGGGUGCGGCUCGUGUCUCAUCUCAGCACUUGCGCCACCCAGCGGGAGGCGGCGGCCAUGACAUCCUCCAUGGCCCACCACCAUCAUCCGCUCCACCCGCAUCACUGGGCCGCCGCCUUCCACCACCUGCCCGCAGCCCUGCUCCAGCCCAACGGCCUCCUUGCCUCAGAGUCAACCCCUUGUCGCCUCUCCACAGCUUCAGAAGUGCCUCCUGCCCACGGCUCUGCUCUCCUCACGGCCACGUUUGCCCACGCGGAUUCAGCCCUCCGAAUGCCAUCCACGGGCAGUGUAGCCCCCUGCGUGCCACCUCUGUCCACCUCUCUCUUGUCCCUCUCUGCCACCGUCCACGCUGCAGCGGCAGCAGCCACCGCGGCUGCACACAGCUUCCCUCUGUCCUUCGCGGGGGCAUUCCCCAUGCUCCCCCCAAACGCAGCAGCAGCAGUGGCCGCGGCAACAGCCAUCAGCCCGCCCUUGUCAGUAUCAGCCACGUCCAGUCCUCAGCAGACCAGCAGUGGAACAAACAGUAAACCUUACCGACCCUGGGGGACAGAAGUUGGAGCUUUUUAAAUUUUUCUUGAACUUCUUGCAAUAGUAACUGAAUGUCCUCCAUUUCAGAGUCAGCUUAAAACCUCUGCACCCUGAAGGUAGCCAUACAGAUGCCGACAGAUCCACAAAGGAACAAUAAAGCUAUUUGAGACACAAACCUCACGAGUAGAAAUGUGGUAUUCUCUUUUCUCUCUCUUUUUUGUUUGGUUUAAGGCAGCUCGGUAACUGACAUCGCAACUUUUGAAAACUUCAUACUUGUUACCAUUUAGAAGUUUCCUGGAAAAUGUAUGGACUGUACCAUCCAGCAGUGCAUCACUAUGUCUGAAUUGGGGAAGAAAAAUGCCCUGACUGAAUUAUCUUGAGACUAGAUGGGAAAUAUAUAUAGAGAGAGUGAGAGAGUCAUGUUUCAUAAGUGCCUGAGCUUAGGAAGUUUUCUUCUGGAUAUAUAACAUUGCACAAGGAAAGAUGAGUGUGGAGGAUAAGUUAAAGGAAAAGGGCAGAAGUCUUGCAGUAGGCUGCAGACAUUUUAAUACCAUGCCAGAAAGAGUAUUCUGGUGAAACUAACAGGUUUUAUUGGUCAAAAUGACUGCUGAAAAUAAUUUUCAAGUUGAAAGAUCUAGUUUUAUCUUAGUUUGCCUUCUCUGUACAGACAUGCCAAGAGGUGACAUUUAGCAGUGCAUUGGUAUAAGCAAUUAUUUCAUCAGUUCUCAGAUUAACAAGCAUUUCUGCUCUGCUUGCUAGCCCCCAGGCACUUUUUUCUUUUUUUUGAAUGGCUCAAAAUAUGGUGCUUCUUUAUAUAAACCUUACAUUUAUAUAGUGCACCUAUGAGCAGUUGUCUACCAUGUGCCCACCAGAGGCUAUUUAUGCCAACUUGAAAACUCCAGUUUGUAGGAGUUUGGUUUAAUUUAUUCAGUUUCAUUUGGACUAUUUUUAUAUAUUUAUCCUCUUCAUUUUCUCCUAAUAAUGCAACAUCUAUUCUUGUCACCCUUUGGGAGAAGUUACAUUUCUGGAGGUGAUGAAGCAAGGAGGGAGCACUGGGAAGAGAAAAGCUACAAUUUUUAAAGCUCUUUGUCAAGUUAGUGAUUGCAUUUGAUCCCAAAGCAAGAUGAAUGUAUGCAAUGGGAUGUACAUAAGUUAUUUUUGCCCAUGCCUAAACUAGUGCUAUGUAAUGGGGUUGUGGUUUUGUGUUUUCGAUUUCGUUUAAUGACAAAAUAAUCUCAUGCUGAAGUCAAGCACGUGAGAGUUUAUGUUUAAAAGAUAAGAGACACAACAUGUAUUAUGCACUUCAUUUCUCUACUGUGUGGAGAAAGCAAUAAACAUGAGAAUGUUAAACAUUAUGCAAAAUUAUACUUUUAAAUAUUUGUUUUAAAAUUACUGUACCUAGUCUUUUUGCAUUACUUUGUAACCUUUUUCUAUGCAAGAGUCUUUACAUAUCACUAAUUAAAUGAAGUCCUUUUUGACUUUUUUUUAUGUGGAUGAGUUGCUUUGCAGAAAAGUUUCCUUCCACUUUCUAUGUGGAAAGUCGACAUGAAUUUCAAGAGAGGUCUUUAUUUACUAACAAUCCAAGCUAUGGCUUUUCUUUGCGUCUUUCAAAAUCAUUUGAUAUAAUUCACAGCUUGCCUGAAAAUAACAUUUAUCUGAGCUUGUAAACUAAGCAUAGGCAGGUAAGAUACUUGGAGGCAAGAAAUAAUCAGUUUCCUCUGCCUUUUAUUCUUAACUACAGUUCUUGGGAAAGUGCAAAUUCAAGACUUCCAAAUGGUAUACCAAAUAUAGGAUAAUAAGCUAGAACAUGUCAUACAUGUUGCAAUUCAAAAAGAUUUGUAGAGUGUUUUAAAGACGUCACAUACAUACAUGAUAGGUAUGUGCAUACAUCCUAAUGAUAAAUCCCUUGUGCUUCAAUGACAAUUUUGUUUGUUGCUGUGGAAGUUUUAUGGGUAUUGCCUCUGCUUCAGUGAGGCCUAAAUAAACCAUCGUAGAGCUCCUGAAGCUAUUGGGCCAAACAACAUGAAAAGAAUGAAAGUGAUUUUUAUUAUGCUUAUUAAUUUGUUCAAAGGAAAAAGUAGGAGGGCUUUUAUAGUAUUCUGGUUUUGAAAAAAUCAAGCAAACAGUUUAAUUUCUGUCUGUAAGUGGGUAAUGAAAAGGUCGGGGGAGGCAAAAGCAAAUCACCUUGUUUCUCGUGUCUAUAAGCCCUGUGGUUCUUAUAUUUUCAGUUGGCUCUAAUAGAAUGAGAUAGCAAAUAAGAAAAUUGAUUUCGUUGUCUUAGGUGUUUACUUUAUAAUCACGAUUUGUGGACAACGGCCAUAUAAUUUUUACUUUAAGAUCUACAACCUGAAUGUAUGCCGAUUGUAAUGUCAGCAUUCAGAGAACUUUUCCUUUUUUGAAAUGUAAACUUGGAGAUCAGGAAUUUAAAAUUUAUUUGAAUUAAAUAUUUUCAAGAUAAA